AUGGAGGAAAUCGAGCGCCUGCUCAACUGGGCAGAGAAAAAGGGCGUAACCAUCAACGGAAUCGGCCCUAAACCGCUUCCAGGCCGUGGUAUAGGUAUCGUCGCAACUCGCGCCUUGAAGACCGGCGAAGACAUCCUUACAGUCCCAGUAAACAUGCUCAGGACUCUGAAAAACACCCCCCAACCCAUCCUCCACAGCCUCAAAGGGUCAACCGUCCACGCCAUCCUCGCCACAUCCCUCUGUCUAGAAACCGACCCCGAAUUCGCCACAUGGAGAGCCGUAUUCCCCACGGAAGACGACAUCAGGACCUGCAUGCCGCUAAGCUGGCCCUCGGAGCUACAGUAUCUCCUGCCUCCCAACGCAAAAGCUCUCCUUGCCAAGCAAAAGACCAAGUUUGACACGGACUGGGCCCUUAUCACGGCCGCGUACCCCUCCAUAUCCAGGAGCCAAUUCCUCUACUCGUGGCACCUAGUCAACAGCCGAACAUUCUACCACGUCACCAGGGCGACUGAGAAGCUCCCCAAGGCAGACCACAUGGUUCUCCAGCCCGUCGCCGAUCUGUUCAACCACUCGCCCGACGGGUGUAAAGUUGCCUUUGACGAUGCCUCAUUCACCAUCACCACGACGCACCCAGUCGAGCAGGGCGACGAGCUGUUUAUCCGGUACGGCUCGCACUCCAAUGACUUCUUGCUGGUAGAAUACGGCUUCACGCUGCCGGGGGCCACGAACCCCUGGGACGAGAUCUGCCUAGACGACCACCUGUGUCCGCUGUUCACGAAGAGACAGAAAGCGGAGCUGGAAGAGACCGGCUUCUGGGGCAGGUACAUGCUCGACUCGGAAACGGCCUGCUACAGGACGCACACGGCGCUGCGCAUGCUGUGCUGCUCGUAUACCCAGUGGAGAGACGUGCUCGACGGCUUGAGGGACGAGGAUGUGGAUCGGGACGCUGUCAACGACAAGCUGGUGCAGGUUUUGAGGGCGUGCGACAGGGACCUGAGGAGCAAAUUGACUGAGCUGGAGCGGUGUACUGCCGGGAACGAGGUUUCGAGGAGUACUUUAAGAGAGAGGUGGUUGCAGAUGGGUGAACUGGUUACCGCCACCAUAGUGAGACUGCAAUAA